GGGAAGUUGACCUUUGACAUUGCCAGUAAAUGGGUCUGGAAGAGGAACACAGAAGAAUGCUAUAAUACAGUCAAUAUUUGAAUAAGUAUACCGUUUCUGAGUUCAUGCGUGUGCCUUGGGCCGACCAUUGAUCCUUGAUGCCAUUAAUAGUCUGGUCAAAGGGCCUUGAGGGGUCUGGACACCAUCACUGAGGCUGAAGGUACUUUUGCUUCCGUCUUGCCAAUUGUUGAAAAUGAUGUUGGCCUACAAGACAAUAAUUCUGCAAUUAAGUUUGACGAGUAAUAACCAGAAAUGUAAUCUAAUACGGAGGCCCAUCAGACCUCCAGAAGGAUGACUCUGUAUUGAAAAGAAUUGGUUCUGUUGAGAGGGGAACUAAAGGAGUUUUGUGGGUCGUUACAACAAGCUUCUUUUUUCUCAUUUACUUGUUUUGGUUUCUAAAUGUCCAUGCGGGUGUUUCUCCACUGCCCAAAAGGAUGUGGCUUUGUUUUUAUUGCAUGGAAUGGUCGACUCGUGCGUGUGAUGAUGCUGUGAAGUCUAAUAAUGAUUUUUUUUAACAUUCCUGAUUUUCGUUUUUGUUUUGUUUAAAUGAUCAAUAAUUUCUACAAAGUCCCUGUAAAUAGUGCACAAUGCACAUUACAAUUCCUUUAGAGCCCAGGCAGAUGUCUUAAAAUAACUUUAAUAUUACAGUUACAAUAAUGUAAACCACAGAAAGGCAGCAGAUGCUGGAGCCAGCAGAAUAUUCUUUAGUUGUUGUGCUUGAAAAAAAUUACAGAAAGAAUAAUUACGUUAUCAAAAUAUUUUUUGGGAUUUUCAGCAUUUUGAGAAGAGGGUAAUUCCCUCCUUUCUAUCGCCCGUCCUCCCUAGAAUUCCUGUCUCAUCCUCUAUUCUCUUUGAACUGACGUUGAUAUUUCCAUGCUCAAUAAAUGAACAUGUGCAACAGGUCCAGCAGAUGCAAGAUAGUAAAGUCCACUCAUGUUCUCAUUUUUCUUUUGUGUUCCAGUUUGAAGUGUUACUGGAAACUGGGUUCAUAGCAGCUUCUGUCCAGUUGAAGCCCAGUUGACUGUUCCCCCGCUCCGCUGCUCUCCGCCUCCUCUUAUUCACCGCUCUGUCGCUCGGCUGUCUUUGACCUUUUUGUAUUUCUUUAAUAUUUCUAAAAUAAAAGAUGAUACCUGUUGAGUAUUUGCUUUUCCAGCUCAGUCAGUAACUAUAACACUCAAUGGCGAAACGUUUUAUUUAUUUUUUCAUACAUAAAUUGCCCACUUCAGAUACUUCAAAUGGAUCCUUUGUGGCUAUGAAGUGAUGCACUUGGCCAACAGAAGCGUUUAAUUACAUUAUUGGAGCAUUUCGAUCAGUGUUUUGACUUUUUACCUGUGAUUAGUUCAAACUGUGUGUUCUGAGAUUUAUCUUCAUCAUGUUUUCCCUCCGAGUGCAUCUUAAAUGCAUCCAACGGAUUGUGAAUUAUUUAGUUUCAUCUUCUGGCUGAAGCUCGAUCUCCGUACCGUCUGGUUUUGUAGUGAUAGUUCCUGCUUUCCGUUUAUGACGAGCUCUGAUCUGAUCCUUUUUUUGUUUUUCCUUUAUUAGAUGGGUGGAGCUGCCAUCUUAAGCAUGCUGGAGACCUGAACACAUGCUGGUGAACAGCUGCUGAGGACCUCAACCACCCCGUCCCACAAAUGACUUUCUAUAGUGAGCCGUUGAUUGGUGUUCCUCGAACUCUGUAAUGGAAAAUCGUGAUGAUGAAGCUGAGCAGCACCACGGCACCAUGGUGGGCGAGGGGGGCAGCACCCCUCCCCCAAAGCGCAAGGGCAAGUUCUCCACCAUUGGCAAGAUCUUCAAGCCGUGGAAGUGGCGGAAGAAGAAAAGCAGCGACCUGUUCAAGGAAACUUCAGAAGAACUGGAGAGAAAGAUGUCGACGCGGCGGACGCGGCAGGAGCUCAUAGAACAGGGGGUGCUGAAGGAGGUCCCGGACAACGAUGCCGAUACACACAACGCGAAGAAGCACUACGUGAAGAAUGGCCACACUCUGCCUGUGAGCACCGGGGUCGGAGGAGGUGGAGGAGUCGUCGUCGGUGGUGGCAGGAGUCCGUGCAAUCAGGGGAAACUCCCUUCAGAGUCCGACUUUAGGAUGAACCCGGCCUGGCUCGCCCAGCCGGACGACCGCAGGGCUUGGUCUCCCUCUGACGGGGAACGCCGAGGCGCUCCGGGUUCCAGGGGACUGCACGAAGACGUGCGGAGAAGCGGAGGGGUGGGGUCACGUGCACAUGUUGAGGGUGAAUGGAAGCCUAAUGUGGUCUGGCAGGGCCAGAAUCACGGCCAGAUGGAGGAGUGCAGACGAGGGGGCCGACUCCACCCGGAGGACGGGCAGAAGAGGGCCGGGCUGCAGAAGGCCCCGUCGGAGGACGGCAGGAGGAGUCGACCUGCAGAAGCCGACUGGAAGCCCACGCUCCCUCGGCACGCGUCCGCUGAGGAGGGAAGGGCCCGCAGAGAGUCAGACAGCCACUUUGUUCCUGACCCAGACGCCUUGCGGGACACUCUGCGUGAACCUCUGCCUCCUAAACAGACCGUCAUGCCUCCAAAAUGGCUGAUGACAUCCACCCCUGAACCUGGCAGCAAGGGUCCUCCUCGCACCCCAUCCAACCACCACACGAACCAGUACUGCUCUCCCUCCGCGCCCUCGGCUGUGGCGCCGAAACCUGUUCGGUCCAUCUCCGCGGCGGGCGCGUCCACUCAGCAGUCCUCGUGUGUCGCCCCGACCUCCACCUCUCAUGGCGCCAAGCAGCCCCCUGUGCCCCCACCCAAGCCUGUGAACAGGGGCAAUUCCGCCAUGCAGGUCUCCGCCCUGCAGGGGGGGGAGAACGCUCAGCUUCCGCUCUACUGGUCCUGCUGGAAGCGAGAGUGCGACUACGAUGUCUACCUGUCCCUGCCCGUCUACCUGUGCCGGCGGGCCGGAGGCCUGCGCUCAGGUGACUUCACCCAAGCCCCCGGAGGUGGCAGUCUUGUUCCGGCCAAGCCGUCUCCACCGAUGCCUCCUAAGAGGACCACCCCCAUCACCAAACGCACAGAGGACUCGAGCCAUCCCAUCAACCCCUCACCGCUUUCUCUGGACGACCACAGCAACCUCCAUGUGGGCUUCCAGCUGCCUGCCGCUCCUCCCUCCCCUCCCCUACCGACACACAUACCACCGUCUCCUCCCCGCCAACACAUCCACAGCCACCACCUCCACCAUCAGCACUCCUAUCCCCACCCACUGCCCCAACCCAUACCAAUGCUGUUUGACCCAUCGAGCCCAACCAAUGAGUCUCCUCAGCGCCCGGCUCCCGUCCCACUCCACAUCAUGAUUCAGCGAGCCCUGUCUAGUCCUGGCCCGGCUCAGCCUCAUCCAGACGGAUCGCAGCGUGCGCACACGCUGCUGUUCGAAACCCCUCCGGACUAUCAAUGUGGUCGGCCACUUCCUGUCAGUAUCCAACCAUUAAAACUAUCUGAAGAUGACUACUCGGAAGAGGAGGAAGAGGAGGAGUACGAUGGGGAGAUCCCUCAGCCGGAGCUUGAGCCAAGGAGUCGCAGGUGCUUAGUCGGAGACGCCGGUGUUUGUGUCAUCCCGGGGGUAAACAACAACAGCAGUGAGGACGAGGAUGAAGAGGAUGAAGGAGGAGAGAAUGACAUGCAUGGGGAGGACAGUGACUCAGAUGGUCCUGUGCUUUAUAAAGAUGAAGACUCUGAUGAGGAGGAUGAGCCCCCACUUAGUGCCCUAGCCAGCAAGGUCAGGAGGAAGGACACGUUGGCCCUGAAGCUGAGCAGCCGACCCUGUGCCCCCGACAGGGACCGGUUUAUCCAUGAGAGGGGCGGCAGAGACGACCAGCCUCCACGACAGACCGGCCUCACCUGGCAGAGCCGGGAGCAGUGGGAGGCCAUCCGCACACAGAUCGGCUCUGCACUCACGAGGCGACUUAGCCAGAGACCGUCUGCCGAAGAGCUCGAGCAAAGAAACAUCCUUCAGCCCAGAAAUCACACUGACAGACAAGCUGAGGUUAGAGAGAUCAAGCGGCGGCUGACCAGGAAGCUGAGUCAAAGACCCACAGUUGCGGAACUACAGGCAAGAAAAAUCCUCAGAUUCCACGAGUACGUGGAAGUCACCGAUGCCCAAGACUACGAUCGGAGAGCAGAGAAGCCGUGGACCAAGCUGACUCCGGCUGACAAGGCGGCCAUCCGGAAGGAGCUCAACGAUUAUAAGAGCACUGAAAUGGAGGUGCACGAAGAGAGCAGAAUCUACACCAGGUUUCAUCGGCCUUAGACCCGCCCCUCUCCUUCACGGAUAAUGAAGCACUUAAGAUCUGUGUGGCCAGAGGCUGCCCCCGGAUGUACUGAACAGAUUAUCAGAGGAAGCCUGGAGCUGACGAUGCUUCUCGCUUGCCCUCCAUCGCCCUCUCACUACAUUGCUCUCACUCAACUGAGGUAGUGGUGGUGGUGGUGGCUGAGGACCAGAUGCAGUAUUUCUCCCGGACAACAGGGGGAACCACGUGCCAAUGAAGUGGAGAAGUGGCGGAGAACCCACUCUGCUGUUAUGUGGUACCCCUCAGGGGCUUGGAUCUAGUGACGACCUUUAAUGCGGCCUCAUUCUGUGUUGCCUUUUUUCUUCUUUACUGUAUAUGGAAAAGUUAAUUCAUCUUGUUAAUGUAAUAACAUACAAUAGUAAUAAUAUGAUGACUUGUAAUACUCCACACAGUAAUAAUAGAUAACAGCCAAACGGCCGCAGCUAGAGCGGGCUGGAGGAUGAAGACUGGGAUAUUCUGUUAUGACUGGACAUCUCUGGGAUAUUGUGUGUUUUAUAUCAAUUGUGUAAAGACUGCUAUUGUUAUACCUUAAAAUGAAACUUGGAAAGAUCGAAUUACAAAAUAUUCUAUAUUGUAAUUUUGAUCAUGAGUAGUGAUGGCUUUUAUUUGAACAUUUUUUUUAAUUAUUAUUUGGCUUGCCUGUAUUUAUGGUUGUAAUGUGAGGUGGCCAUUUAAGCAUCAAUGUAGAUAGAGAAAAAGAGUGCCGGUCAGGAGGCUUGUUGGGUUUCUAUAUGUGCCAACAUACCCAAUGCCUAAAGGACUAUAGGAUACUGGUUUUCAUAUCACUAAUUUCUGCAAUCAACUGCAUUAGCCAACACGGAAUCCAAUGUGAUUGGAUCUUGAUAAUCUCUUAAUUUAUACUUCGUUAUGAGUUUUUGUACUUCCCUUUAAAGAUCAAACAUGCAAUGCAUUCUGUAGCCAUUUUGAAUAAGGUCAUGCUUGUAGUGUCUAUACUAAGAGUGAAAUGUAAGUUGCUGUGCGUGUAGAUCAGGGAUUUAUCAAAACAAAACAAAAACUGUAUAAACGGUCAACAGGGAGUCAUUUUGGCUGGAACCUUUUGAAACAGAAAUGUUUGAUCUUGUAUUGUCUGGCCAGUAGCGUACAUAGUUAUCUAUGCUGUGUACAGGUUGAUAUAGGUAUAACUGAUACUUGUGUAUAUCUUGUCUUCCUUUCAUUUGAAAAGAAAAUUUAAAUAUAUAAGUAAUAUAGUUUGCUAUUUUUUUAAGCACAGAAUAUUAGUUCGUGAUUAAAUGCUUCAAUAAUGGGAAUAUGAAAGUGUACCUUUUCUGUAAAAACUAAGUUCCUUUUUAAUUCAAUGUGGAAUUGUAUGGACUGACAUAUUUUCUUUUUAAUUGUAAAUAGUCACAUCUGGAUCUAAUUAAAAAGCGUACAAUUCCUUGAA